AUGGAUAGACCGGGUGUAAGCAAAUUGUUGGAAAAACCCGAAUUGGACGCCAAAACCUCUUCCUUCGACCCGAAAGAGCACCUCCAACAGAAAAUUUCCGAAACCCCCAUCGUUGCACAAAUGAACCAGCGAAUUCAACGAGUGGUGCACGAUCUGAAUCUGGGCGACCAGCUGUCUGUCGUAGCGAUUGUGACCUUGUUGGGUCUCAUUCUCACUGCGCCAUACGUCGUUCGACAAAUGAAAAACUCGGAGAAUGACCUGGAAGAUCUCGUCACCACAGAUGAUCCCGUUGACGACUUCACUAAACUAGUACGCCAGGAAUGGGGUGUCGAAGAGCGCGAAAACGCCGUCGAAUAUAUGCUCAAAGAUGUUCUCCAAAGCAGAGCUUUAAAAGAGGCGGCCCAAUCUUUUGUGGUUCAGAUUUUUGAGAGUCCUGAAGUCCAAUCUGCUCUUAACCGACUUGUGAAAGCAUUGUGGACACAGCUUGUCUCCGAUCCAGAAACGAUCAAGCAAGUUGUGCAUAUACUGCAAAUUGCAAUUCAAGAUGAAAAAGUGCGAAUUGCCGCGCAAAAGCUUCUUAUUGAACUUACACAAGAACCGGAAGUUAAGCUGUCUUUACUUAAACUACUUCAGGAAUUGGGGCGAGAUGAAACGGUAACGGAGACAGUGCAGGCGCUCAUCACGAAUUCAGCUCACCGUUCUUUGAACGAUCCAGAAGUAUUAGAACACACCAUGGAAUUCGCAUCGGACAUUGUUGGUGAUGACGUGGUACAGCAAACCGCCCGCGACGCCCUGUGGAACACAGUUGGCGACGCUGUGCGGCCAGCGACUUCAAUACUUUUUACCGCUGCUGGGGUCGGGCUCGUCGCUUUCGGCAUUGUCGCAAUGGGAUAUGCUCGUUCAUCUGAGAGUGAAGCCCAGCUUUUCGAAACGGCGGCGCGAUCUCUUCAGAUAAAUACCGUAGCAGGGAUAUCGCGCGUUGCCUGUUGGCCGGGACAGCAAUUAAAAGCGCUCUUUCGAUCGUUUGGCGCAGUCCUUGUUUUCCCGCUCCAACUACUUCAACGGCAAGCCGUUGCACUAGGAAGGUGGACAUGCGAUGUGGCCACUAGCGGUCUGGCGCGAAUCGGUAUGCUGCCUGGCAUGGCCGCUCAUUCGAUAUGGGCCUACAUGGUUGCAUCGAGUAAUCGCGCUAUUGGGAAGCAUAGAAGGUAUUUUGCCUCGGCUGCGCAUGGCUACGGAAACUACGAAUCAAUCUGGGAGACAUUGUCACGCUAUCUAACUUUACUGGCGGCUAAACCAGGACAUGGAUUUCACGCAAUCUGGCAGCUGUUACGAAGUCAAGGCCAAGUAGCAGGAGAAACCCUCAUCUUGCAAAUAUAUUCCCUAGGUGAAUCGAUCUUAUUCACCUCAUCUAAGUUCACCUACUCCGUGCUGUCGGUACUGGAAGACUUCUUGACAGUGUUUCUAAAGGCAGCACACGACAUCGGCAGUAUUUUGGAUCGAGCAUUUGUAACCGCCGGCCGGGGUCUGUGA